AUGCAGUCAUUUUUGGGAAGUCUGAACUAUUAUAUCCGAUUUAUCGAAGACUACGCGAUCUACGCGUCGGUUCUUGCACUCAAAGCCAAGUACGCUACUACUCCGAUCCUAUGGCACUUUGAUCCAGAUCGGAAGGCCAUAGUUGUGGUGUAUGCUAGCGAUUGGGCCAUUUCGGGAUCAUUGAUGCAGGAAUACGAUCAGAUCUACUACCCCGUGAUGUUUGCAAGCCGCGCUCUGAAGUCGAAUGAGCUAAACUAUGGCAUCGCGGAGAAGGAGGUAUUAGCCCUUCUGAGGAUCUUGGAUCUUAACUACAAUGCACUGAUCGGACGCCCGAUCCACGUGUUGACCCGACACUCAACAUUGGUGUGGCUCUUCAGAUCCACGACCCUACAGGGACGUCUGAGACAGUGGGCUGCUCUGUUGUCGCCCUGGACUCUGGAGAUCACUAAGUGUGUCAAAGGAGAGGACGAGAUCUUAGGAUCAUUGGCGGGCAGUAUUACCCCUAGAUCCGAAAUCAAACUGGUGAACAUAUUCCCAGAUCGACCAGUUGCUCGUCUAGAUGAGUCAAUAGGAGAUCGGGUGGACCUUGAUGAAGCUCUCCUACCUGAAGACAGCAGGAUCCAGGAUCGGGAUCCGAAUGAAUACGAAGUGGAGCGAAUUUCCGAUAUGAGGACUGGCAAGAGAACUAUAUAUGGCCGGAUCGACCGAGAAUUUCUAAUACACCGGCGUGGAUAUGAAGAUCCAACCUGGGUAGAUGAGGCAGAUCUCAACUGCGGUGCUCUUCGCUAUGAGUGCGAGAUCGCACUAAUCGCAACCACUUUGGUGUGA